CUGUCAAAUCGCGAUGCGCUAAUCACAACAAAUCAGUAUUCCUCACGGGGACGGGAGUGUUUCUAUUUUUCCCCGUCCCGUUCGCCAGCUGGAAGCUACAGCAAGUCAGCAUGGUCAUUUUGGCAGAUCACGAGCGCAAUGGAAUCGCCGAUUUUUUCACCCAAACCGAUCCCGAGGUGCGGAAGGUCACGCUGGCCAUCGGGAAUAUCAUCUCUAAAAAUACCAUCAAGGAGAUUACACUCGAGAAAUCACUGAACGUAAUGCUGGAAAACUGCCGGGAUGCCGCCUCGUUACUCUCGAAGAACAUUGUGAAGCCGGAGUUCAUCUUCAAAUACCUGCAAAGCUACAGCGUGCAGCUACCACCGGAGAGUACAAAAUCUAGUCUGAUAAAGCAGUGCCUCAACUUUUGGCGGAUAAAGUACGGAGCCCCGCCGGAUGCCGGUAACACCAACAACUCCGACCCGCAGCACCAGUUUCCGUCCACGUCGGCAGAGUCCAGCUCGUCCAAUAGUACCAUGCUCGUGGCCGGCAAUAUGAAGAACCUGAUCGCGACCGGUGGCCCACCGAUGGGAAACAACACGAACGGACCUGGGUAUGUGGACGCCGGCGGCAGCAGCAGCAGCACCGCCGAACCGGGCCUCGAACAGUACCCGGUGAAUCUGCUGGCGAUGGAUUUCACAAUCUGGUUCUUUCUCAAGUGGAACCGCAACUCGCUGGACGAGAGCGCCUUCUGGCCGGAAGCGAGCUGUUCGGUGAUGCUGGAAAUAAGCGAAAGCCAGCAGGGCGUCGAAGAGGUCCGCGGACAAAAGGACAUCAUCAACCUUAUUCUAAGCUUAAAGUUUCAGUACAGCUUCCAGUUUGUGCCGAACGUCAUGUUUGACGGCUGCCAGGGCCGGAUAUCGGAGGGUGGCGUGCUGGUGCUUUCGGUGGGCGUGGUCUACAGCAACCGGCGGGGCGUGGACAACCGACUGGCGACGCUCGGCGAGUUCGAAAGCAUGAUCGGACUGCGGCGUGAUCCGCACGACAACAACAAUUGGAAGAUCGUAAUGCUAAAGCUGUACAUACGGUACAAACCGGUGGAGAAUUUACCUGCCUUGUCCAACAGUAAGAUGCUUACCGAGUGUUUGCUGAUCCCGUUGACCCUGGACAGUGUGUGAGAGUGCCUUAAUGUAGAAUAGAAGCGUACUAGAAUAGAUGUAAAACGCUGGUAGGCUGUUUAGAGUCUACGAAAAUUGUGCGCAAAAAAAAGUUGUUAACGAGUACCGUGAAUAGGAAUAAAAAUAAUUUGAGUUUA